AUGCCGCCCAUAAUUUACAAAAGUCCCCAACCUGUUCGAUUAAAAGCUCCAAAAGGAAGAAUAACGCCACUGAAUGGUCCUGAUAUAAAAAUAGGAAAAUCACUUAUAGCUGCUUGCCCCAAAAGAAUAAGAGCUGAAAAAUUAGCAGAAAUGAGACAAAUUAUACGUAAAUACUUAGGGAAGAAAAAAGAAUAUUUUGUUGAUGUUCAUGCUACUUAUAGUGUAACCAAAAAACCAGAUGGAACAAAAAUGGGACAAGGGAAAGGAAUUAUUGACUAUUUUGUUGCUAGAGUACCAACUGGAAAAACUAUUUUCCACAUUCCUUCCAUCAGCCCAUUUAAUACCUUAGGAUUUGAGGACCCCGUUUAUAAAGUUUUAAAAAAAGCAGCAGCUAAAGUGGCCAUUCCAUGUGUUUUUAGAACGCAAAAUAAUUUAUUUAGAGUUAACAAUAUAAAAUAUAUUUCCCAAAAAAAAGUACUUAAUGAUCAAAUGAGACAAUUUAAUCAGUACAAGUCAAAAUUGUUUCAAAAAGAAGAAGAAUAA